UGGGCCAGAGGCUGUCCUAGAGGUUGCCUGGAGUUUCCUGCCACAUGGACCUCUCCAUAGGCAGUUCAGAGAAUGACAGCUUGCUUUGUCAAGGCCAUUAGGAGUGCAAGAGUGAGUCUUCUAGCAAGAUAGAGUCUUAUAUAAUGUAACAUAAUCAAGGAAAUGAUAUCGUGUUACUUUUUUUGUAUUCUAUUGGUUGGAAACAAGUCAAAGUCCUCAUCUCCAUUCAUGGGAAGGGAUUACAUAAAGGUGUAAAAUACCGGGAAGCAGGUAGAGCAGGAGGACUAGCUUAGAGUCUAUCUGCCCAAUAACUCUCGCAGUCCCAAUAUGGAAGGUGAGAAGGUAGAAUGGGUUCUGGUCCUUAAGUUACCAAGGCUGAGUCAGUGGGUUCUCCUGCCAGAGACUGUUGAUCUGUAAUGAUGAUGCAACUAUGAAGAGAGGGUUAGAAUUACUUUGCAGGGGUGCACAGUAGCAGCGCAGCUCAUUGCCUGGUGGUUGUGACAGCAGUGUCCUGAGAUUGUCCCUGAGGUGCAGUCUGUGGGGGCUCCUUGUUUCCUGCCAGUUACAUAAGCCUUUUUCUCCUAUCUCUGUUCAGCUCUGUGAUGCAUUCUAUGUAGCCUUCUAAGAAAUUACCCCUUAGGCUUAAGAUAGUCAGAGUUGUUUCUGUUAUUUGUAACUAAGGAUGUGACAGACCCUGUACAUGUAGCUGGAAUAAUUAUAAAUAGUUGUCACAGCAUGGAUUAAUGAGAGAAGGAGAGGGAGGUAGAGGCCAGAUUUGGAUGGCCUUGCCAGCCAUAGUAAGUUUAUACUUCAUCUUGAGAUUCAUUUAACUGUUUUUUGUUUUUUUUUUUGAGAUGGAAUCUCACUCUGUCGCCCAGGCUGGAGUUCAGUGGCGUGAUCUUGGCUCACUGCAAGCUCCACCUCCCGGGUUCACUUCAUUCUCCCGCCUCAGCCUCCCGAGUAGCUGGGACUACAGGCGCCUGCCAUCACGCCCAGCUAAUUUUUUGUAUUUUUAGCAGAGACAGGGUUUCACCGUGUUAGCCAGGAUGGUCUUGAUCUCCUGACCUCAUUAUCUACCUGCCUUGGCCUCCCAAAGUGCUGGGAUUACAGGAGUGAGCCGCCAUGCCCGGCCUCAUUUAACUGUUUUUUUUUUUUUUUUUUUUUUUUUUGAGACGGAGUCUUGCUCUGUCACCCGGGCUGGAGUGCAGUGGCAAGAUCUUGGCUCACUGCAAGCUCUGCCUCCCGGGUUCAUGCAGUUCUCAGCCUCCCGAGUAGCUGGGACUACAGGCGCCCACCACCACGCCUGGCUAAUUUUUUUGUAUUUUUAGUAGAGACGGGGUUUCACUGUGUUAGCCAGGAUGGUCUUGAUCUCCUAACUUCAUGAUCUGCCUGCCUUGGCCUCCCAAAGUGCUGGGAUUAUAGGCGUGAGCCACUGCACCCGGUCCAUUUAAUGGUUUUAAGCAAGCAAGUAACAUAUAGGAAGAGUCUUGUGAGGGCUUUUUGAAGGAUGAGUUUGAAGACAAUGAGACUGGCAUAAGUGAACCAGUUAGAAGGUUUUCCCAGUCAAGUAGGUGAGGGAAGAUGAGACUUGAGGUGGUGCCAAUGGGACUGAAAGAGGAGGCAGAUUGGAGAAAUAGUGAGGUUAUAGAGGCAAUAAGACUUGUUCAUUUAUUGGAUGUGAGGAAAGGACAAGGAAGGAGUCCAGAUGAUUUCCAGGUUUCUGGUUGAGGCAACUGGAUGGGUGGUAAGGAACUGGGACAGGGAAUAGAGGAGCAGGCUGGUGACAGGCUGUAGAGCACAUUGGUUAUGUGGGUCCUCCCGUCCUCCCAGAAGGAAUCCAUCACUUUUUCCACUUUUAUAGGUGUUUCCACACUGUCUUUCUGUCCGGAUCUGACAGACCUGGGUUUGAAUCCUGGCUUUGGACUUAUAAACUGUGUGAUGUUGAGCAUAUUACGUAAUUUGAGCCUAUUUCCUCAACUGUAAAAUGGAAAUACAACUUACUUCUUGUUUGUGUAUGUCUGAAUUGAAUGCACAGUGUGUGGUAUCCAGUGGGCACUCCAUAGUGUUGGGUAUUUUUAUUACUCAGAAAGAGGUCAGGGAAGAGGCCCAGGACAAAUGGGUGAAGGCUUUAAGCAAGGCUUCUAGGUCAAAAGAGGAAAAACACAACAUGUGGCAGACCAGCUGAAGCCAGAGGGAGGCCAGAGCUGAGCUACCACCACAUGUUGCUGAGCAGAUGAGUCACUGCAGGCAGCAGGUCAGGCUACCCAGGCCACAGCAGACUGGGCUGGGCUUUACACGAUGACUUCAUUGUAUGCCGUUUUUGUCCUCUCCUCCUCCCAGAAGGAAUCCAUCACUUUUUCCACUUUUAUACGCGUUUCCACACUGUCUUACUGUCCGGAAAGAGCAAACACGGUGGAAAGGGACAGAAGAGCCAGAAUUCCGUCUAGUUUGAUCACUGAUUUUCUGGGUGACCUGGUGCAUUUCACUUCGCCUCAGUCUCUUUAUCUGUAAUAUGAGAAUGCGCAGAUUUGCCUCCUGAGUGUGAUAUGAGAAUUAGGUGAGGGUUGGCAGGCACUAAAUAAAAAGGCAUGCAUUAGCCUUCUAUUCAUUAGUUGUGUUAUUCUGUCUCCUUCCUGCUCCCGGCCCCUCUCUCCCUAGUUCCUUGAGGACACCGAUCGACUCGAACUCAUUUUUGGGUCCCUAGCACUGAGCUUGGCCCGGCAGUUUCAUGAACGGAUGAAUGAAAGAUUCAAUGGGAGUCCGCAGCCGCUGCCGGCGCGCCGAGAGUCCCGCCCCCUUCUGGUCCUCCGACUGCGCGCCAGGGCCACGGGCGGGUCCUUUGCGACCGUUCGCUGGCGCGUGCGCGGGAGGCGGCGCGCGGCCGGAGGUGGCGGGCGGGCUCCCGGUGCGCGCGCGUGAGGGGCGGGGCCGGCCGAAGGCUGGCUGUAGGCAGGCGACUGAGCCGGUGGCGGGUGGCCUUCCCAGCGUGUGCCGGGUGGGAGAAGGCGAGGCGGCAGCGAUGCUGUCUCUUCCGUGAGGAGCGCAGAGGAGGUCGCAGCGCCGGAGGCCCCAGAAGGCUCGAAGGCGCCGCGGGCUGGGGUCGGUGGCUUAGGGCGCCCGCCCGGCCAUGGUGGCCGCGGGCGGUGGUUGGCGCGGCUGCGCUGCGGCCCGGGGCAGUGCGGAGCCGGGACAGUCGCGGCGCUGACGCCGGCGGGCCCCAGCUGCAGAUAUGAAGCGGAGCCGCUGCCGCGACCGACCGCAGCCGCCGCCCCCCGACCGCCGGGAGGAUGGAGUUCAGCGGGCGGCGGAGCUGCCCCAGUCUUUGCCGUCGCGCCGGCGAGCGCCGCCCGGGAGGCAGCGGCUGGAGGAGCGGACGGGCCCCGCGGGGCCCGAGGGCAAGGAGCAGGAUGUAGUAACUGGACUUAGUCCCCUGCUCUUCAGGAAACUCAGUAAUCCUGACAUAUUUUCAUCCACUGGAAAAGUUAAACUUCAGCGACAACUGAGUCAGGAUGAUUGUAAGUUAUGGAGAGGAAACCUGGCCAGCUCUCUGUCGGGUAAGCAGCUGCUCCCUUUGUCCAGCAGUGUACAUAGCAGUGUGGGACAGGUGACUUGGCAGUCGUCAGGAGAAGCAUCAAACCUGGUUCGAAUGAGAAACCAGUCCCUUGGACAGUCUGCGCCUUCUCUUACUGCUGGCCUGAAGGAGUUGAGCCUUCCAAGAAGAGGCAGCUUUUGUCGGACAAGUAACCGCAAGAGCUUGAUUGUGACCUCUAGCACAUCACCUACACUACCACGGCCACACUCACCACUCCAUGGCCACACAGAGACAAGAUCUCCCUGUAUUGUCCAGACUGAUCUUGAACUCCUGGGCUCAAACAGUCCUCCAUCUUCAGCCUCCCAAAGUGCAGGGAUUACAGGCAUGAGCCACCAUGCCCAGCCAAGUAACAGUCCUUUGGACAGCCCCCGGAAUUUCUCUCCAAAUGCACCUGCUCACUUUUCUUUUGUUCCUGCCCGUAGCCAUAGCCACAGAGCUGACAGGACUGAUGGGCGGCGCUGGUCUUUGGCCUCUUUGCCCUCUUCAGGAUAUGGAACUAACACUCCUAGCUCCACUGUCUCAUCAUCAUGUUCCUCACAGGAAAAGCUGCAUCAGUUGCCUUUCCAGCCUACAGCUGAUGAGCUGCACUUUUUGACGAAGCAUUUCAGCACAGAGAGCGUACCAGAUGAGGAAGGGCGGCAGUCCCCAGCCAUGCGGCCUCGCUCCCGGAGCCUCAGUCCCGGACGAUCCCCAGUUUCCUUUGAUAGUGAAAUAAUAAUGAUGAAUCAUGUGUACAAAGAAAGAUUCCCAAAGGCCACCGCACAAAUGGAAGAGCGACUAGCAGAGUUUAUUUCCUCCAACACUCCAGACUGCGUGCUGCCCUUGGCAGAUGGAGCCCUGAGCUUUAUUCAUCAUCAAGUGAUUGAGAUGGCCCGAGACUGCCUGGAUAAAUCUCGGAGUGGCCUCAUUACAUCACAAUACUUCUACGAACUUCAAGAGAAUUUGGAAAAACUUUUACAAGAUGCUCAUGAGCGCUCAGAGAGCUCAGAAGUGGCUUUUGUGAUGCAGCUGGUGAAAAAGCUGAUGAUUGUCAUUGCCCGCCCAGCACGUCUCCUGGAAUGCCUGGAGUUUGACCCUGAAGAGUUCUACCACCUUUUAGAAGCAGCUGAGGGCCACGCCAAAGAGGGACAAGGGAUUAAAUGUGACAUUCCCCGCUACAUCGUUAGCCAGCUGGGCCUCACACGGGAUCCCCUAGAGGAAAUGGCCCAGUUGAGCAGCUGUGACAGUCCUGACACUCCAGAGACAGAUGAUUCUAUUGAGGGCCGUGGGACAUCUCUGCCAUCUAAAAAGACACCCUCUGAAGAGGACUUCGAGACCAUUAAGCUCAUCAGCAAUGGCGCCUAUGGGGCUGUAUUCCUGGUGCGGCACAAGUCCACCCGGCAGCGCUUUGCCAUGAAGAAGAUCAACAAGCAGAACCUGAUCCUACGGAACCAGAUCCAGCAGGCCUUCGUGGAGCGUGACAUACUGACUUUCGCUGAGAACCCCUUUGUGGUCAGCAUGUUCUGCUCCUUUGAGACCAAGCGCCACUUGUGCAUGGUGAUGGAGUACGUUGAAGGGGGAGAUUGUGCCACUCUGCUGAAGAAUAUUGGGGCCCUGCCUGUGGACAUGGUGCGUCUAUACUUUGCGGAAACUGUGCUGGCCCUGGAGUACUUACACAACUAUGGCAUCGUACACCGUGACCUCAAGCCUGACAACCUCCUAAUUACAUCCAUGGGGCACAUCAAGCUCACGGACUUUGGACUGUCCAAAAUUGGCCUCAUGAGUCUGACAACUAACUUGUAUGAGGGUCAUAUUGAAAAGGAUGCCCGGGAAUUCCUGGACAAGCAGGUAUGCGGGACCCCAGAAUACAUUGCGCCUGAGGUGAUCCUGCGCCAGGGCUAUGGGAAGCCAGUGGACUGGUGGGCCAUGGGCAUUAUCCUGUAUGAGUUCCUGGUGGGCUGCGUCCCUUUUUUUGGAGAUACUCCGGAGGAGCUCUUUGGGCAAGUGAUCAGUGAUGAGAUUGUGUGGCCUGAGGGUGAUGAUGCACUGCCCCCAGACGCCCAGGACCUCACCUCCAAACUGCUCCACCAGAACCCUCUGGAGAGACUGGGCACAGGCAGUGCCUAUGAGGUGAAGCAGCACCCAUUCUUUACUGGUCUGGACUGGACAGGACUUCUCCGCCAGAAGGCUGAAUUUAUUCCUCAGUUGGAGUCAGAGGACGAUACUAGCUAUUUUGACACCCGCUCAGAGCGAUACCACCACAUGGACUCGGAGGAUGAGGAAGAAGUGAGUGAGGAUGGCUGCCUUGAGAUCCGCCAGUUCUCUUCCUGCUCUCCAAGGUUCAGCAAGGUGUACAGCAGCAUGGAGCGGCUCUCACUGCUCGAGGAGCGCCGGACACCACCGCCGACCAAGCGCAGCCUGAGUGAGGAGAAGGAGGACCGCUCAGAUGGCCUGGCAGGGCUCAAAGGCCGAGACCGGAGCUGGGUGAUUGGCUCCCCUGAGAUAUUACGGAAGCGGCUGUCAGUGUCUGAGUCGUCCCACACAGAGAGUGACUCAAGCCCUCCAAUGACAGUGCGACGCCGCUGCUCGGGCCUCCUGGAUGCGCCUCGGUUCCCAGAGGGCCCUGAGGAGGCCAGCAGCACCCUCAGGAGGCAACCACAGGAGGGUAUAUGGGUCCUGACACCCCCCUCUGGAGAGGGGGUAUCUGGGCCUGUCACUGAACCCUCGGGGGAGCAGCGGCCGAAGCUGGAUGAGGAAGCUGUGGGUCGGAGCAGUGGUUCCAGUCCAGCUAUGGAGACCCGAGGCCGUGGGACCCCACAGCUGGCUGAGGGAGCCACAGCCAAGGCCAUCAGUGACCUGGCUGUGCGUAGGGCCCGCCACCGGCUGCUCUCUGGGGACUCAACAGAGAAGCGCACCGCUCGCCCUGUCAACAAAGUGAUCAAGUCCGCCUCAGCCACAGCCCUCUCACUCCUCAUUCCAUCGGAACACCACACCUGCUCCCCGUUGGCCAGCCCUAUGUCCCCACAUUCUCAGUCGUCCAACCCAUCAUCCCGGGACUCUUCUCCAAGUAGGGACUUCUUGCCAGCCCUUGGCAGCAUGAGGCCUCCCAUCAUUAUCCACCGAGCUGGCAAGAAGUAUGGCUUCACCCUGCGGGCCAUUCGCGUCUACAUGGGUGACUCCGAUGUCUACACCGUGCACCAUAUGGUGUGGCACGUGGAGGAUGGAGGUCCGGCCAGCGAGGCAGGGCUUCGUCAAGGUGACCUCAUCACCCAUGUCAAUGGGGAGCCUGUGCAUGGCCUGGUGCACACGGAGGUGGUGGAGCUGAUCCUGAAGAGUGGAAACAAGGUGGCCAUUUCAACAACUCCCCUGGAGAACACAUCCAUUAAAGUGGGGCCAGCUCGGAAGGGCAGCUACAAGGCCAAGAUGGCCCGAAGGAGCAAGAGGAGCCGCGGCAAAGAUGGGCAAGAAAGCAGAAAAAGGAGCUCCCUGUUCCGCAAGAUCACCAAGCAAGCAUCCCUGCUCCAUACCAGCCGCAGCCUUUCUUCCCUUAACCGCUCCUUGUCAUCAGGGGAGAGUGGGCCAGGCUCUCCCACACACAGCCACAGCCUUUCCCCCCGGUCUCCCACUCAAGGCUACCGGGUGACCCCCGAUGCUGUGCAUUCAGUGGGAGGGAAUUCAUCACAGAGCAGCUCCCCCAGCUCCAGCGUGCCCAGUUCCCCAGCCGGCUCUGGGCACACACGGCCCAGCUCCCUCCACGGUCUGGCACCCAAGCUCCAACGCCAGUACCGCUCUCCACGGCGCAAGUCAGCAGGCAGCAUCCCACUGUCACCACUGGCCCACACCCCUUCUCCCCCACCCCCAGCAGCUUCACCUCAGCGGUCCCCAUCGCCCCUGUCUGGCCAUGUAGCCCAGGCCUUUCCCACAAAGCUUCACUUGUCACCUCCCCUGGGUAGGCAACUCUCGCGGCCCAAGAGUGCGGAGCCACCCCGUUCACCACUACUCAAGAGGGUGCAGUCGGCUGAGAAACUGGCAGCAGCACUUGCCGCUUCCGAGAAGAAGCUAGCCACUUCUCGCAAGCACAGCCUUGACCUGCCCCACUCUGAACUAAAGAAGGAACUGCCGCCCAGGGAAGUGAGCCCUCUGGAGGUAGUUGGAGCCAGGGGUGUGCUAUCUGGCAAGGGGGCCCUGCCAGGGAAGGGGGUGCUGCAGCCUGCUCCCUCACGGGCCCUAGGCACCCUCCGGCAGGACCGAGCUGAACGACGGGAGUCGCUGCAGAAGCAAGAAGCCAUUCGUGAGGUGGACUCCUCAGAGGACGACACCGAGGAGGGGCCUGAGAACAGCCAGGGUGCACAGGAGCUGAGCUUGGCACCUCACCCAGAAGUGAGCCAGAGUGCGGCCCCCAAAGGAGCAGGAGAGAGUGGGGAAGAGGAUCCUUUCCCGUCCAGAGACCCUAGGAGCCCGGGCCCAGUGGUCCCAAGCCUAUUGACAGGGAUCAAACUGGGGCCUCCCAGAAUGGAAAGUCCCAGUGGUCCCCACAGGAGGCUCGGGAGCCCACAAGCCGUUGAGGAGGCUGCCAGCUCCUCCUCACCAGGCCCCAACCUGGGUAGGUCUGGAGCCACAGACCCCAUCCCUCCUGAAGGUUGCUGGAAGACACAGCACCUCCACACCCAGGCACUAACAGCACUUUCUCCCAGCACUUUGGGACUCACCCCCACCAGCAGUUGCUCUCCUCCCAGCUCCACCUCUGGGAAGCUGGGCAUGUCAUCCUGGAAAUCCCUUAUUGAGGGCCCAGACAGGGCAUCCCCAAGCAGAAAGGCAACCAUGGCAGGUGGGCUAGCCAACCUCCAGGAUUUGGAAACCACAACUCCAGCCCACCCUAAGAACCUGUCUCCCAGGGAGCAGGGGAAGACACAGCCACCUAGUGCCCCCAGACUGGCCCAUCCACCUUAUGAGGAUCCCAGCCAGGGCUGGCUAUGGGAGUCUGAGUGUGCACAAGCAGUGAAAGAGGAUCCAGCCCUGAGCAUCACCCAAGUGCCUGAUGCCUCAGGUGACAGAAGGCAGGACGUUCCAUGCCGAGGCUACCCCCUCACCCAAAAGUCUGAGCCCAGUCUCUGGAGGGGCCAAGAACCAGGGGGCCAUCAAAAGCAUCGGGAUUUGGCAUUGGUUCCAGAUGAGCUUUUAAAGCAAACAUAGCAGUUGUUUGCCAUUUCUUGCACUCAGACCUGUGUAAUAUAUGCUCCUGGAAACCA